AUGACGCAACAGCGAAGAGCGAAGACGAUGACGCAACAGCGAAGAGCGAAGACGAAGGCCGAACAGCGAAGACGCAGACCCAAAAGCGAAGACGAAGAUUCAAGAGCGAAGACGAAGAUUCAAGAGCGAAGACGAAGAUUCAAGAGCGAAGACGAAGAUUCAAGAGCGAAGACGAAGAUUCAAGAGCGAAGACGAAGAUUCAAGAGCGAAGACGAAGAUUCAAGAGCGAAGACGAAGAUUCAAGAGCGAAGACGAAGAUUCAAGAGCGAAGACGAAGAUUCAAGAGCGAAGACGAAGACUCAAGAGGAGCGAAGACGAAGACUCAAGAGGAGCGAAGACCCAAGAACGAAGACGAAGACCCAAGAGCGAAGACGAAGACUCAAGCGCGAAGACGAAGACUCAAGAGCGAAGACGAAGAUUCAAGAGAGCGAAGGCGAAGAUUCAAGAUCGAAGGCGAACACGAAAGGCCGAAGACGAAGAGGAGCGAAGCGAAGGCGAAGACUCAAGAUUGAGCGAAGCACUCAAGAAGCGAAGACGAACAGACUCAAGACGAGCGAAGACAGAACGCGAAAACAGCCAAGACGAAUUCUCGAAACGAAGCGAAGACUCAAGAGGAGCGAAGACGAAGGCGAAGACUCAAGAGGAGCGAAAACGUUCAACGAAGACUCAACAGGCCCGAAGUACGAAGACGAAGACCCAAGAGCGAAGACGAAGACUCAAGAGCGAAGACGAAGACUCAAGAGCGAAGACGAAGACUCAAGAGGAGCGAAGACGAAGACUCAAGAGGAGCGAAGACGAAGACUCAAGAGCGAAAGACGAAAGACUCAAGAGGAGCGAAGACGAAAGCGAAGACUCAAAGAGCGAAGAAGACCCAAGAACGAAGGACGAAGACUCAAGAGGAGCGAAGACGAAGACCCAAGAGCGGCGAAGACGAAAGACCCAAGAGCGAAGACGAAGACCCAAGAGCGAAGACGAAGAUUCAAGAGCGAAGACGAAGAUUCAAGAGCGAAGACGAAGAUUCAAGAGCGAAGACGAAGAUUCAAGAGCGAAGAUGAAGAUUCAAGAGCGAAGAUGAAGAUUCAAGAGCGAAGACGAAGAUUCAAGAAGACGCAAGGCGAAGACUCAAGAGGAGCGAAGACGAAGGCGAAGACUCAAGAGGAGCGAAGACGAAGACUCAAGAGGAGCGAAGAGGAGCGAAGACGAAGACUCAAGAGGAGCGAAGACGAAGACUCAAGAGGAGCGAAGACGAAGACCCAAGAGCGAAGACGAAGACCCAAGAGCGAAGACGAAGAUUCCAAGAGCGAAGACGAAGACUCGAAGACUCAGACCCAAGAGCGAAGACGAAGACUCAAGAGGAGCGAAGACGAAGACUCAAGAGGAGCGAAGACGAAGAAGAUUCAAGAGCGAAGCGAAGACGAAAGACCCAAGAGCGAAGACGAAGACCCAAGAGCGAAGACGAAGACCCAAGAACGAAGACGAAGGCCGAACAGCGAAGACGCAGACCCAAAAGCGAAGACGAAUACCCAACAGCGAAGACGA